UCUGACAGUUUGAGGUUACUUUUGAGUUUUCUGGUAAAUCAGAACCAUGUCGGAAACUGCUCCAGUUGCUCCUGCUGCUCCCGCACCUGCGGAGAAAACGCCCGUGAAGAAAAAGGUGAAGAAAGCUGGCGCAGCUGCUGCGAAACGCAAGGCGUCUGGCCCCCCGGUGUCAGAGCUGAUCACCAAGGCUGUAGCUGCUUCCAAGGAGCGCAGCGGCGUCUCCCUGGCCGCGCUCAAGAAGGCGCUGGCGGCUGCGGGCUACGACGUGGAGAAGAACAACAGCCGCAUCAAGCUUGGUCUGAAGAGCCUGGUGAGCAAGGGCACCUUGGUGCAGACCAAGGGCACUGGCGCUUCUGGCUCCUUCAAACUCAACAAGAAGGCAGCCUCCGGGGAGGCUAAGCCUAAGGCGAAGAAGGCAGGCGCAGCCAAGCCCAAGAAGCCCGCAGGGGCAGGCAAGAAGCCCAAAAAAGCGACCAGCGCCGCCACCCCGAAGAAGACCGCUAAGAAGACCCCAAAGAAAGCAAAAAAGCCGGCAGCGGCUGCUGGGGCCAAGAAAGUGGCUAAGAGUGCGAAGAAGGUGAAGGCUGCGAAGCCGAAGAAGGCUGCAAAGAGUCCGGCCAAAGCCAAGGCUUCUAAACCUAAGGCAGCCAAGCCUAAAUCUGCUAAGCCCAAAGUUGCCAAGGCUAAGAAGGCAGCUCCUAAGAAGAAGUGAAAAACUGGCGGGAUGUUAUGCUUUGGAAAUCUCAAAGGCUCUUUUCAGAGCCACCCACUGAUCUCACUCAAAAGAGCUGAGCCGGUUAUUUCUUUAAAUUCCCGCCAUGAUGUGUGAUUGGCUACGCGGUUUCACUAUGCUGGGCGGGCGCGCGCACGCAGCAGCUCAGAUGCAAGCCGUGCUACAAUCGUACGGGUUUCAUUUUGAAAAGGUUUGGUUUCUAGUGCAGAGGAGGUGGUGUAAAUACUUUAUCCUUAAGGCAAGGGCAAGACGCCACGCGCGUAGUCCUCACGCGGACCAGAAACGAGCCCCGGGUCAUUACUGGUUGCCAGGGGCAGGUGGCGAGGGGUGAGCGUCUACUGGCGGGCGGAGUUACCCGCCAGUUCGAGGAUCUUGGCCUGGUACUCUAGCACCGCCGCCAGGUACGCCCACGCGCCGGUCUCUACGCGCUCAGUUGCCUCGGCGGAGGCGGCUCUAUUCUGCCUACUGGGACUUGUAGGUCUGCGCAGGAAGAGCGGGUCUUGUUGGCUCGAGUGUGGUCUCGGCUCCGGUGCCCAGACAAGUUAAAAAAAAAAUGCAAUUCUAUGAAUAGACCAAUUGAAGGAAGGGGUUACUAUGUUCUCUGGCUCAGUUUCCUAAAAUUCGCUUUCCUGUUGGUUUGCAGAGUUUGUUAAAGUGGCCAAUCAGAACGUCAUUUUCGAUUUAUUUGCAUAGUCCUCCGAGAGAGAAUAUAAUGCGCCAAUCAGAGGUUCGGAUAUUACAAUUUGCAUAUACUUGGAAACAGACUAUGGGCCUGGAAUUCACCCUGCCCCCUUCCCCCCUCCCCCCAAAUCAAUGGAAUUCUCUUUUUAGAGACCCAGGCACAUUGUCAAUCUACUUAAAUCUGCAUAAUCAUUGCUACCACCCUAACGCUACGGAACAGAAUAAAAUAUAAAAGGCUUUUUUGGCAGUUUAUAAUAUACUCCCUUUUCCAGAUUGCUUCCUCACGGGUUACUGAGAAGGUCCAGGGAGCCAGCAUUAGCUGUCUGUUUGGUGAGUAGCUAAGGAACUAGGAGGGAAAAAGGAAGAUUCUCAAAAGGUUGAAUGGAGCUUGAAAUUGGGCAAAGAAAAUAAACUGUGGGAAGAUGGGUUGACCUGGAUAUCUCACCAUUUCCAUUUCACCCUGUAGUCUGAGGCUUUUUCUUUUGGUUUUGGGAAAACCCACUUAGUUUUACUGAUACAUCCUGACAAAAUAUGACUUCUACAGACAUUUAUGGGACUCUGGAUGGGGGGAAAAUACAUGUUUAUAUUCACAAACCCUAAAUACAAUUUAAUACUUUAAUUGUGAGUACAGGCAAUUAAUCACUGGACUUCACAGUAAUUGUGACUUUUUCAUCAAUGGAAGACAUUUUCAUAUCACUUUACAGUUACUGCAGGGAUCUUGAAAUAAAGUUUACACUCAUUGUUUUUCAAACUGACAUUAUUAAACCUGCUGCUGAUCCUUAUUUGAUGUAUUUGUAAAAAUGCACACAUAUUAUACAUUUAAAAAUUGGUAACUGUAUUUUAAUGUCACUACUUUAUUAUGCUGUAUACUUCUAUGUAUUUUUGUAAAAAAAAUCCGUUUGAGAAGGUGUGUACAGAUUUCCACAGACUCUCCAGAGUGCACAGCACAAAACAAGUCAUGAAGUCCUGAGUAGGUCUCCAGCAGGACCAUAUAACAUAAAUCCCUCAUGAUUAAAGUGCCCCUGCAUCUUAUUUGUUUACAUUCCCUUUUCUGUUAAUAGUGUAUUACAUUUUACAUCCUGUUUAAACUUCUGGGAAAACAAAAACAUGUACCUUGAAUCUUUCUUGUUCUCCUAAACAAGAAUUCAGGUUUUUUUUGGAACCACAGCUACAUCCCACAAUGUCUUUUUUUCUAGAGAAAGCAACAAAACCUUCCAUUAUGAGAUUGGCUUGGUUGAGAAAGAGAUCUGAAUAAAUGGAAGAAUGUGAAAUAUCCACUCAAAAUAAUCUUUUUGAAAAUAACAGAUUGAAUGAUUGAGUGGGAAAGAUAGGUAUGUGGGUGCCAGCAAAAACUUCCCUUUUGUUCUCUGAAGCUUCGCUGAAAAUCAACUGACAAAAGACAUUAAUAGAAAAGGCAAACAAAUUUAUUUGAUUAUAAUUUUAUGUAAUGUAAGAUCCUUCAGAAGGAAGACCCAGAGAUAUAGAGGAAGCUGUCCAUUUUUAUGCUUACAUCCUACAAAGUAGAACAGUUAUGUAGAAAUAUGAUCAGGAAAAAAGGGUACAAUCUAAUGCUAAGAGACUGGGGAAACCCAGCAAGGCUUGUCUGUCUAGAUUCUUCUUGGCCUCUCUAAGCAUACAUUCCUUCCUACUGGGUAUGGGGCAGGACCCUCUCUGGAAUGGGAGACAGACAGUCAGACAGUCAAACAAAGUAGGUCAGAUAGUUUCUUUAUGACUAGCUUUUACAAAGAAAGAUGGGGGAAAAGUUAGUGUAAUAUUUUUAGGUGUUAUGGCUGGCACUGGAGAAAUGGAAUUCUGGUUUCUAUGACUUGCCUUGGGGAAGAGGGAUUCCCGUUUCUAUGGCCAGCCUCAGGAGAAAAUGAGGGGCCAGAGACUGGAGAGCAGAAGGUCAGAGAGAAACUUUUGCUUCUGAAGGACUUUAUUUUGGGGUAUCGUUCUCUGAGCCUCAACAGAGGGAACAGACAUGGAAAGUUGUUAACGCCCAGAAUGAGAGUGAGGCUUUUGAUGAAAAGUGAUGAGGAAUAAGAGAUUUAUGUGGGAAUAUGGCAUUCAACAAGAGCAGUCCACAUGACUGUAACAUAUCUCUAGUUCCCCAAGGCUUACAAAGCACUUCUGUAAUUGUGCCAGUUGGCCCUCAUUAUAACACAUUUACAUUAGGUGUAGUGAAAAUGCUUGUUUUAAAGUUAAGAAAAAAUUAGGUGAAAUGAACCACUUAGUAUCAGGAUAUGGUGGACUUGCAUCUGAAACAGGUUUCUUGAUUCCUAAUAUCAUAUUCCUUGCACUGCUCACCAUCUAUUACAUCAACAGGAAAAGGCAUAGAGUUCUCCAGUUCUUUUUUAGGCUCACUGAGAAAGAAGCAGAGUUCAGGUAUUUCAAUUUUAGGCCCAUUGUGAUCUAUCCAUUUCACAAGCCCUUUGGAAUACAAAGAAGGAAUUAAACAUGAUAAUUCAAUCAAUGACCUUCUAGAGUUUUACUCUCAUUUACAUAAAUUCAUAUUCAUAUUUCUUUGCCUUGGACAGGCCCUCAUUUUCAAGGAAACUCAAACUUAUUUAAAUCUUUCUCCAUUUCCCAAAAUUUCUGUAGCAGUUACAUCAAGGUUACAAUGAAUGUCUUAAGAUGGAUAAAAAAGAGUAAAGAUGUCUUAGCAUGGAAGUUGUGAAGGGCAUUUCCAUAUUAUCUUUUCUGCUGGAGAGUACUUAUGCAUAUGGCAUAGGUCUGAAACAAAACAAUUUUUAGGACAAGUCUGAAGUCAUCACUUUUUCCCUUCUUUUUUUUUUUUUUUGA